CCAAGCUUUUGGAGCGCUGUAUUUUCUGCCUGUCUAUAUUUGGAUCUGGGUGCUUUUAACGGCAGUAAAUACGGAUUGGCUGAAUCGUUAAUUAUAGAUAUUGCAGACUGGAUCUUUACAUAUGUAUACUAUCUCCAAUUGGAAUAAAUAAUUGAGGAAUGUGGAAAUUACAGAAUGCCCAACAGCGUUGGAAAGAGAUUUAAACCCACCAAAUACAUCCCGGUAUCCACUGCUGCCACUCUUCUUGUGGGAUCCACCACCUUAUUCUUCGUUUUUACGUGCCCCUGGUUGACCAAAGCUAUCUCCCCCGGUGUGCCUCUCUACAAUGGCGUCGUCUUCCUCUUUGUGCUGGCCAACUUCAGCAUGGCUACCUUCAUGGACCCUGGAGUCUUCCCCAGAGCGGAGGAGGACGAGGACAAGGACGAUGAUUUCCGGGCGCCUCUCUACAAGAACGUGGAGAUCAAGGGAAUUCAGGUCCGGAUGAAGUGGUGUGCCACCUGUCACUUCUACAGACCGCCCCGCUGCUCUCACUGCAGCGUGUGUGACAACUGCGUGGAGGACUUUGACCACCACUGCCCCUGGGUGAACAACUGCAUCGGACGCAGGAACUACCGUUACUUCUUCCUGUUCCUGCUGUCGCUAAGCAUCCACAUGGUCGGUGUGUUCUCCUUCGGCCUACUGUUCGUGCUGCACCACAUGGAGCGGCUGGGCACGCUGCACACUACCAUCACUCUGGUGGUGAUGUGUAUAGCAGGGCUUUUCUUCAUUCCAGUCAUGGGCCUGACAGGCUUCCAUAUGGUCCUUGUCGCCAGAGGUCGCACCACUAACGAACAGGUGACGGGCAAGUUCCGCGGAGGAGUAAAUCCCUUCACGCAGGGUUGCUGUGGCAACAUCAAGUAUGUCCUGUGUGCUCCCUUGGUGCCCAGGUACACAGGUGUGGACCCCAGGAAGAAGCCCCCUGUCUCCAUCCAGCCCCCCUUCAUCAGACCAGACAUCUCUGACAGACAGAUCAGCAUCAAGGUCAGCGACAAUGGGAUCCACACCAGUAUCCUCCGGUCUAAAUCCAAGAUCAGUCUGGAUGGCCUGGCCUUGGAUGAUAAAGGCCUAGACACCCAGCCCCCGCUGCCCCCCAAAGCAGACCGCUACAACCAGCUGAAGAGCCAGCUGACAUCCAGCAAAGAUAGUUCCCUAACUGGCAAGACCCACCCCUCAACCCCAGCCAUGUACAAGUACCGGCCCUCGUUCGGCACCAUCCCUAAAGUCCACUACAAUGCGGCAGGGGAGAAGAUUGUAAUGCCAGAUGACCACCAUAAGGCGUCAGCCAUCUUGGAGGAGGGCCGUUGCCACGUUGACUACCGCUCAGAGCCCAACCUGGACCUGCCUGACUACCACAAUGCCCCUCUCCACCGUACCUUCCAGUCCUCCCCACUGCAGCUGGACUCCUACCUCAUCAACUCCCGCUCCCUCAGUCUGAAGCAGGCCCACCAGCGCAGGGACAAGGGCCAGCUGCCUACCCUGCAGCCCGAGACCGCCACCUCCACCCCCUACAAGAGCGUCUUCUCCCCCAACACACUGUCCAACCGUAACGGCAGCCUCUCCUAUGACAGCCUGCUCAACCCCAGCAUUUCCCCAGCCACAGAGGCAGAGUGCAUGGCCCACCCCGGUAUGCCCUUUAUGGGCUUCCACACACCCUACCUGCCAACCAAAAUGUGCCAUGUGCGGGGGCCUGAACUGCAGAGCCAGAGGCAGCAGGUCCCCCCUAGCUUCAGCCCCAUGUUGGGCUCCAGGGGGAUAGGGAUGAGCAUGAGCAGGCAGUCCCCCCGGGACCGGGACCCGUCCCCGGUGCGCUACGACAACCUCUCCAAAACCAUCAUGGCAUCCAUCCAGGAGCGUAAGGAGAUGGAGGAGAAGGAGAAGCUGCUGCUGCACCACGGGGGACACUCUCAGGCUCAGGCCUAUAAUCAGGCUCAGGACUCAGGCAUGUUUGACAGCCCUGGAGGGUACGGCCUGCCUCCUAGCGCCUGCUACCCAGACGGGCCCCGGGGCCCGAGCUCCAAAGGCCCCACACCCCCAGCCUAUGGAGGCUCCAGGGACAACCUGAUGGGGGUGGUGAGCUACGGGCCACGGACCCCCGUGCUGCGCUCCUCUGGUGGCUCCUCUCUGGUACGUGCCCCCAGGACUUCCUCCAGCUCCUUGCACACUGACAGCAGCAUGCAGGGAGGAAGGGCCUCCGAGCCCUCCUACCGCUCCCCAGCCCAUCAGCCCCACCACUCCCCCGCCAUGCCCCAAUCCCCCUCCUACACCCACCAGAAACUCUCCUUUAUCCAUGCCCUGGAGAGGACAGACUCACCCCGCCUGGGUGGCCCAAGAGAGGCCAUGAUGCAAAGUAAAGUGAAUGGGCAAACGGACUGCCAUCUAGGGCCCAACAGCUCCAGUGCCCAGGGCAACCCUCUCAGCCCUAGCCGCCACAGUAAUGUCAAAAAGGUGACCGGGGUGGGUGGCACCACCUAUGAGAUAUCUGUGUGAGAGGGAUGGGGCCCGGGGCACCAAACCUUAAAGGAGAAGGCAGCAUUGUCAUGGCAACCACCUCCAAUGGCAACAACAUCCACGACCGCGCUAGAGAGGAUUCUCUUCUUCCUUUUACCGUUUUUAAUUCGAUAUUAACCAAUCAGGGGCGCAGAGCACUUCCUCAUUGGGAAUUAUUGUCCAAUCAGAGGACUUCUGCUCAUUCCGGGCCAGCCCCGGUCUCUGUGUGUCUGUACUGGAGGAGUGGAUAUUGAUCAGUGUGUGUUGUGGGAAAAGUGCAACUUCAACCUAAAGAGGGCUGAUGUUUGUACAGUGUUGUGUUGUUGAAUUCUGUGGCUUGUUGUGUUGGUUAUCACUGAACAGUCUGAAUCAGACAGACAGAUCUUAAAUGUAUUGUUUACGGCGUCUCUCAGUUGCGGUCUAUCUGCUGUUAUAAAUUGGGCGGAUCGAGCCCUGAAUGCUGAUUGGCUGAAAGCCGUGGUGUAUCAGACCAUAUACCACGGGUAUGACAAAACAUUUAUUUUUACUGUUCUAAUUACGUUGAUAACCAGUUUAUAAUAGCAAUAAGGCACCUUGGGGGUUUGUGGUAUAUGGCCAAUAUACCACAGCUGAGGGUUGUAUCCUAGCACUCUGAGUUGCAUUGUGCAUACAAACAGCCCUUAGCCGUACCUCCCUUAGCCGUGGUAUAUUGGCCUUCCACACCCCACACGGGCCUUAUUGCUUAAUUAUGUGUCAUCAUCACACUCACUACACACCCACAGACCAAAAGAUUUUAACAGCCAUACACACAAACUCAUACAAUUGAUGUCACACAUCUUUGUUCAGUCACAUUCUUUAAAAUAGCAGUGGUAUGGAUAGCCAUCUCCAAACCAAUAAGUAAUGCCUAUAGCAGCACCCCAUUGGAUUCAAGCAUACAGCAUCCCUCUUACGUAUUCAAAGUGCUUCACAUAUCCUGUCCAAAUGACCAUGUCUGUCUGGUCCAUCAACAACAUGUUGGUCAUUACUGAGUGGAACAGAGGGAAGAUUACAUUAAACCAGUGAGUUUUAGAUCAAUACAAUCUUUAAUAGGCUGACUGAUCUGAGCCAAAGACAACACAACGGUGCUGUGUGGCACUCAGAGACACAGGUCUUGAAUGUCUUCUAAUCUACAUUUAUCCUCUGAGUUUUGAGGAGGUGUUUUAGGGCUUACAGUACAGGAGCAUAUUAAUCCAAACUCUAGCUGAGAUCCAGUAUUUACCUAUACAGUAUACCAUAAGCUACAGUCUGUACGUUAUCAGCAACAUACAGUGCCUUCGGAAAGUAUUCAGACACCUUGACCUUUUCCACAUUUUUGUUACAUUACAGCCUUAUUCUAAAAUUGAUUCAA